UGAUCAUGCCUCCCACUUUUGUAUCCAGCGGUCGGCCUAGACUCCAUUAACAAUACGCGUCCGCCAACCCCAGCUUCCGCUCUCAGUGACAGUGAGCCUCACCGGCCUCCAAGCUCCCCGUCGUAUCCGCCAGCCACUCUCCACUUUCCUCCCCCCUGAACCUCGCGCUGGACAUAAUCUCAAUAGACUCUCGGCCUUACAGCGAGCUCCUUCCCUAGUCCCAAGAACGCGGUUACCCGGCAUUAUUUUCUAGUGUUCAGACCCGCACCCAUCCCUGUUUUGGCCUUCAGCUUGGGCCAGUUCAUAUACCCUCACCCAUCUCAGAUAAUUAUAAGCCCAGAGAGUGUUAGCUAUGUAUUGGCUCACUCCAGACAAUUGAGGUGUUAUAUUAUAUAUUUCCAACCGUCCUUGAUACUUAGUCCUUCACCUUGGAGCCUUAUAUAUCUGAAUCUAUAUAAAUAAUACAAUUUCGAUCCGAUUCGAUCUUUCCCAUACAUACCGCCAUUCCCUCAGCCUAACCUUCUCCACGUUUUUCUGCUCAGCUUCAGUACAUGCUCUUGAGAAAUUACUCAUCAAUCUGCACUCUCAAGCUACUCUCAUUCACAUACGCACUCUCUGCCAACAGGAGGACUCCUGAGCGCAAUCCUUCAUUUCACUUACCCAGAAUAGCUUCGUGAACGCAUCAUGGUGGACUACCUCUAUGUAUCAAAUGGUGACAAACCCUUUGAGCCGACCAACGAUGAUGUUCACUGGACUCAGACCAACAAUGGCUUUCAUUCUUCAGCAAGCCCAGGUCCUUCUUCCUGGGCAGCUAGCCAAACCAUGCGGGAGUCGUCGGCCAUGUUUCCCUCUUCGACAUUUUACGACCAAGAUGCGGAUCUGACUCAAGUACUUCAGCAAGAUGAAUCUGAAAAUCAUCAGUCUAACUCUCGAAAAGCACAUCUGUCUCAUUCGCGCUCUUUUCCCGGCCUUCAUCAUCAGUCCCCAAAUCACGCCGACUUGUCAAGUUUCCGCGCUGCUUCAGCUUCGCUAGAAUUGGCACAACCAGGAGAAUUCAAUGCUUAUUCUUUCGAAUCUCACAUGAACUCAUCAUCCUCUCUAUUUCCCCCCUCCAGCGCGGUAACUCAACAGUUUUAUUCUCAAGAUCCCUACAAUCAGUACCAGGAGCAUCAGCAGGCCUCUUCCAAUGGCUUGCAACCGAACCUCGCUGGAAUGAACAACUUUCGUUCCCGGAGCGAUAGUGAAGGCUCUGGAUCAUGGGCCGGGAUCAAUACACCAAUGACUCCGAGCGACAUGAAUGUGAACAACGGAGGAUAUAAACCUGACCUUGGAUCACAUGGACCAUCUGGCUUUCCUAACAAUAGCAGCCACUUGAGACUCAACACCUCUGAUCUUUCGGCGCCUCAACAUCCAUCUUCGGCACCUGCGGACUCAGCUUUUCACAAUUCGCGCUAUUCAACCUCGGCGCAAUCUACGCUUCCUCCGUCUGACUCGGCAGAUCUCCAACCACAUUCGGCGCAACAUGCUUAUGCCUUGAGUGGCUUCCCAGCACCGCCCGUUCUCCAGAACGUGCGCUCCGGCUCCACUGGCCGUCGCCCUCAAGUUGGAGAGGACUCAAGUAACGAUGCGACAAUUACUUUAAAUCAUGACCUCCAUCACCCCCACCGAUCACUCUCGCCUAACACCCACAAUCAGGCGCUUCAGCCCAUGUCUGCCGGCCCGGCUUACUCCCGAUCCUUAUCCCUUGAGAGUAAUGCCAUGAGCCGUAACCGCUCAACAUCUUCCAACUCUGCUGAGUUUGAGAACCUCCACGAAUGGAAUCCGGCAGCACAUCCAUCCUCCCUGCCAAUGUCUGCUCCUAUCGGCCAUCAAUUUUCCAAUUUACAUCUAGACCCUUCUGAUCAACUGUUUGCCGCUUUCAUGUCUCCAAAGAACAUGAUCUCUCGCGCAGAGCGCGAAGCUCUAUUAGCCCCUUUCAUUCGACUAUAUUUGUCCUCUACCAACCGAUUCAUGUUGGGUGAGCGAACAGUAUUAGUUCUAUCUGGUAAAGUUGCGCAGAAGUCUUAUGGAGCCGAGAAAAGGUUUCUAUGUCCACCGCCUUCGGCGUUAUUAUUAGGUUGCAGUUGGUGGGCUGCGGCUGAUGCUGACCCUCGACGCCCGAUGCCAAGCUCCAACCGCCUUGCCCUGCAUCCACCCACCACUAUCGUCAGUAUGUCAGGAGAGCACAGUAUCCCGACAGAGGCUUAUUCCGAAUGGAUGUCUAUGUCUGGACACGUUGUGGGCGAUCAAGCAUCAUUAGAUGAUGUGGUAAUCGCUGGGCGUUGCGUAGGAAAACAGCUGCAUAUCUCGGAGGUCGACGAAAAGACCAAGAAAGUUGAAGCCUUGGUUCGUGUCAUUGCACCUGGUUUCGGCCCACCCGAGGCUCGUCACAUCGGCACCUUCCCGAGUAAACCAAUCAAGGUGAUUAGUAAACCCAGCAAGAAGAGACAGAGUAUCAAAAAUUUGGAUUUGUGUAUACACCACGGAACUACGAUUGCUCUUUUCAACCGGUUACGUUCACAAACUGUCUCGACCAAGUAUCUUUGUGUUUCGGGUCCAUCGGCAAGCUUCCCGGCCGGCGAUUGGCGUGCGAUGAGCGGGAUGGAAGAGAAGCCAUUUGCUCCUGGUGAAGAUGCCACCUGUUUUGUUGCGCGCACUUCCGCUUGGGAUCCAUUCAUAAUAUACCUGGUAGACCCAUCUAAACCAGCCACCGUACCCGACAAUGUUGCCCCUGCCUACCCACCCCCACCCGGUUAUCCACGAGCCCCCUCGAAUGCCCUUCCAGUCAGUCCGAACGGUGGCCCGAUUCCGAUUUACUAUAAUCAGCCUGUCGUGCUUCAAUGCUUGAGCACGGCCGUAGUCUCACCUGUGAUGAUUAUUCGCAAGGUGGACAAAGGGUCUACCGCGAUCGGGGGUGCCAGUUUGGAAGGGAACGCGUCGUCUGGUCAACGGGACAUGCCCGUCGCACCCGGUGAAGUCUUAGGAGAUCCGGUGUCUCAGCUUCACAAAAUCGCUCUCGAAGUGAUGACUGAUCCUCAAUCGGCCUACUUGGCUCCGGUCACCUCCCCAUACGCCGGAUUCCCGGGCUCUGGCUCUUUCUUGGCCUGUCUGGGAGAGAAUGUCGGCGUUCAUCGAGCAGAGUCAGGUCGUCAGGCUGUCCCUCCAAUAAUGACACCACCCCCCAGUGCCUCUUCAGCUAGAUCGUUUGGGGGCACCAACUCGGACGCCCUAGCAGAGGCAAACUAUCUCGCCUCUCACCUCAAUCAGCCCAUCCUUUCCUCUGCUGGAAACUCCCGCGCUCGUAGUAACACCCCGAGUAGUACCUUGGACCUGGAUUUGGGUUCCUCGGACGGUGGCAAAGUCAAGCGGCCUCGGAAGGCGUCGGCUUCCUUGCUGCACGGUCGCGCGCUGAGUAAAAACCGAAAACGAGGAGGGUCGAUUAGUUCAUGUGGUCAUGAUGAGCACAGUUCGGAGUCCGAGUGCAGUCAUUCCAACUCCUUGUAUCCACACGCAUCGAAAGUCUGGACUAUCGAAUGUGGUGAACCAGCUGUCUGGACGAUCGUCGGUUGUGACGUUGAACGCCACACGUUCUGGAUUCCACCCGUGCUCAUCAAUGGCAAGCCCUCCUCCCCAGUUUCCCCCGGUGCAGUCAGCGACGUUUUCACUACUCCGAUCCCAGCUGCACCGAUCGGCUACGACAGUGCGACUCCGAUACCGACGAUCUCAAAAUACCUGCCACCCAAUCCGGCGGCCUCUGAUCCACAAGAGCUAAAAAUGAUCAUUAUUUACGGCGCGAAUCUUUCGCCUCAUUUGCACGUUUGGUUCGGUGACAUCCCCAGCCCUCAUGUGGAACACAAGUGUGCCGAGGUCAUCUUAGCUCAACCGCCGCACCAUCCCAUGAACGGCCAAAGCCCAACCGCUAGACAGAUUAUCCUGGUCAGCGAUGAUGGAAUCGUUUUUCCUUCCAAGGUGUAUUUUACAAGCUUCUGACUUGUCCGAUAAUCUUUUGAUGUAAUCUAUGGACCUAAUCUGUUGUAUUUCUCGUGAUCUCUACAUACAUAAAUUCCUUUUCUCAUCGGUUCGAAUAUCCGUGAUAACUUAUCCCCAAUUUAUCCUGCACUACGUAUUUCCAAUUCUAUGUAAAUAUUCAUCUUUCCUUUGUUCUUGUAUUUGUUUCUGAGGAUCUGCAAAAUAAAGCUUGUGGCGUUACACUAGCCCAAACACAGUUCUACUUUUAUUGCUCUUCUCGUUUUAUCUCAAACCCAAUGGUCACUUUUCCUCUCACAAAACAGAAGCAUGUUCAAGAUUAAUCCAAUGUUGUAUAUAGUAGAAGACACAAGAGAAUGAGUAUCAGAGGUCACUUCAAUGGAAGAGAA